AUGAUCUCUUCUUCUGUUCUUAUCGGGAUCUUCUUUUCUCUUAUCGGCGUUUACGCAGAGGAAAUUUCUCUGGAGCCCAGAGAGUCCUUUGGCAAGCAGAAGACACGAAAUGCUCAGGUAAUCCUCGCUAAUUAUUCUGAAGCGGAGAUGCUUGGCUUCAAGAUCCAGCACCAAGUGCACAGCCAGGCCGACCUAUUUGUCCAGCAGCUAGUAGGAAAGUUGCUACUUGUCAAGAAUGAGAUGAUAUCACUUGAGAAUCGCGACCUGGCCAAUCUCGAUAUCUUUACUUCUUACGCCAGUGUUGUCGCCGACGGCACAGAGAAGAACGCCGCGUCCUCACUGUUUGUGAGCAGACAGGAUCCGGCUAUAACGAUUGCACUGGAAUCCGAAGGCAACUUGAGGGAAGCCGUACGCCUUGACCCUGAAAUCGGUAAAACAAUAUCCAUUUCACGCAUUGAUUCCCGAAAGGCGGAUCGAUUUGUUACGAUCACUGCAGAAGACUUCGACCAAGACAAACUUGCUAGUUUUGAAGUAGAAGACAGACUCACACAAGAGCGGAACAAGCAGAGAGAGGUCUCUCCAAGCCUGUCAGCUUUCGGUCCCAGUCCCGGAAGCAAAAUUAUUCCCCGUGACUCAACGGAGUCAUGUUGCUUCGCCCCGCUCGAUUCUCAAGAACUCGCUUCUAUGAAUAUUUCGUCAGAGACGAAACGGACAGAAAACUCCGUUAACGACCUUUCAGUGAAUCAAUCGGUCGAGAACGAUAAUGUUGUAUCGGCUCACGCGACGACCAGAGAACCCAAAACAGAAUACAAGUAUGAAACACGUGAAAGUCAGACUUUGGAGGGACAAUGGAAUAUUAUUGGAAAAAAGGGAAAGUCCACGAUUUCCCACGAUAUCGGCACGAAAUCGUCUUUUAUUGUCAAAGUCAUCGGUGCCUGCUCCGAAUAUGGUUUUGACGUAAUCGAAGUUGCUGUUGUGGUGGAUUCCCUUCUCUGUGCUGCCGUAGGUGGAACUGAAGUAGCGGCUUCCACCGUUGCACAGUCUGUCAUUGCAGGCGCCAGCCAAUUCUACGAGGUUGACGGACUUUGCAAGAAACUCCGCAUUUCGUAUUUGGAAAUUCACUGCAAUGCUGGUACCGAUCCUAUCGCGCCUUUGCUUCAACGAGCAGGAAACUCUGACAUUUGUAAUACCGACGCAAAUGGAUUAUUACAAAACUUCGUGCGUUACACAGCAGAUCAAGGUAUUGCCGCGGACUUGAACCUUCUGUUUCACGGCAAGUCAUUUACUGGCUCGCCAUCGAUCGGCUGCGCUUUCAUUGGAGCGCUCUGUCGCAUUGAUGGUGCGGAUUCUGGAGUCAAUGAGAUCACCUUUACAUCCGACCCCGUGUCCCGGGCCAAAUUGGUCGCCCACGAGUGUGCCCGACUUGCAACAUGUUUGGAGCCAUGA